ACUUUCCACAUUAAUUUGGUCUUUUCGGCCUCUGUUUAACGCUAUUAGUGCAGUGGGAGCUUUAUUUAGACAAUAUGAGCGGAUGCUAGUUCCUCCUUGAUGAAAGGACUGACACUGGUGACAAAAUCAGCGGUGCGCCCCGUGGUACCCGCACAUCCAGCAGCACUCCCCGUUGAUAACUGAAAAUCAAGAAGGGAGAGAACACCCAAUGGAUCUACGGUCUUUAAAAAUAGAUUUUAAUUGAAAAAGAGAAAAGAAAAACUUAUAGAAAAGGAGAGUUUUCACUGAGGGGGAAAAUGGGACUUUUGGGGUAUCCAUCCAUCCACUGGUCUCCAGUCAGCUCCACAUUAAAGUGGAGCGGAACUCUCGGACGCGCUGCCCGACCUUUGCUGCGCCUCGGUGCGCCCCGUCAAACAUUAAGCCUACAAUGGUAGUGGCUCUGCUUUAACCAUGGGCGCGCACAUCCUGGAGUCCAACUCCAGCGCCAACCUGACACCUGCGGUGUCCGAGGCUGGGACCGUGCUCCCGGGUUACCUGGUGGUCAUUUUAUCGGCGCUUAUGGUGGCUCUGGUGAUUGUGGUGGUGGCUGGGAACGCACUGGUCAUCAUGGCUUUCAUCGUGGAUAAAACCCUUAGGAAUCAGAGCAACUACUUCUUUCUGAACCUCGCCAUCUCCGAUUUUCUCGUGGGUGCCUUCUGCAUCCCAGUGUACAUCCCUUACAACCUGACCGGGAGAUGGAUGCUGGGGAAGGGGCUCUGCAAGGUCUGGCUGGUCAUGGACUACCUGCUAUGCUCUGCCUCUGUUUUCAACAUUGUCCUCAUUAGUUAUGAUCGCUUCCUGUCAGUCACUAGGGCAGUUAAAUACAGAGCUCAGAGGAAUAUCACCCGCCAGGCGGUGCUGAAGAUGGUGGCGGUCUGGGUGCUGGCUUUCCUCCUUUACGGCCCUGCGAUCAUCUUCUGGGAGGCAAUUGUGGGCCAGAGCAUAGUCCCGGACCACGAGUGCUAUGCAGAGUUUUAUUUCACCUGGUAUUUCCUGCUCAGCGCUUCGACCUUUGAGUUCUUCACCCCGUUUGUGUCAGUGGCCUUUUUCAACCUCAGCAUCUACCUUAACAUCCAUCAGAGAAACAAGAGAGGAAACAUUGGUGCAGAGGUUGAGGGCAAGCCACAGAGGAAACCUAAGAAGCUCAGAGACAGCGCAGGCGGCUGGUCUGUGUUUUUCGUGAAGACUCGGAAGGUGACUUCCAGCGAGCCAGCUGCUAUCCCGCCGGUCAUAGAGGACGACGACAUUCUGUCCCCCUCCUGUAGCGGGUGCCCUGACACCAGUCAGAUUUUUGUCCAGAGGGAGAAGUUCUCUCCGCAGAGAAGAAACUCCAGGCUGUUUCAGCACACAGCUUCCUGCAUGGUUCCCGGCCGGAGAACUCCCGGAUCGCGCCUUUCCCGAGAUAAAAAGAUUGCCAAAUCGUUGGCUAUUAUUGUCUGUAUUUUUGGGAUAUGCUGGGCUCCGUACACUCUGCUUAUGAUUAUCCGCGCUGCCUGUGGCGGCGAAUGUGUGGCAAACUACUGGUACGAGAUCACAUUCUGGCUUCUGUGGCUGAACUCGGCCAUCAACCCGUUCCUGUAUCCUUUGUGCCACAGCAGCUUCCGAAGAGCUUUUUCAAAGAUACUGUGUCCUAAGAGACAGUCAGUGCAGCCUCAAAUUGAGGUGCAGUCCUGCUAGAUGAGCUCAGCCAUAUUUUAUGAAUGCAGUAAGAAUUGAUGGUCAUACGCUGUAAAAAUCCAUACAAUGUUCUUCCAUUUAAAAAAGGUGUCAAACCUUAAAGAAAUGUUUGUAUAUGAAGGGAUAGUUUGGAUAUUUAAAAAGGAGGCUCUGUGAAGUCAUUAUCAUGGAGUAGACAGAUGUCAUAUAGCAGUGAGUUUGUAGAAAACUGAAGAAAUGCUAAGAGUGAUGGGAGGCUAACAGGAAGUCUGACUGAUUUCCCAUUUAAGCUGUUGCUACCAUUUUAAAACAACUCAAACCAAAAAUGUUACAUCCCUAGGAUACAGCACUAGAAUAGCGGAUAUUAUAUGUGUAUUUUCACAAGACGCUAAUGGGUGCUGAUUAGUUAGCUGAACAUCAGUGUUACUAAGCUAAAAAAACAGGCAAAAAUUGAUGGCUGUAUCAAUCCACCUCAUCAACUGUGUAUUAUCUGUUUGCUUUUAUCUUUGUGGCACUAGUGGCCUUUAUUUUGUAAGUUGUUCGACAGGAAAUGGGGUGGAAAGAGAGAGGAGAAGACGACAUGCAGCCGGGUUUGGAACCCACGACGGCUGUGUCCAGGACUGGAGCCUCCGUACAUGGGUCAUGCGCUUUUCCCCUGUGCCAUUGCCACGUCCUGUCUGUUUGCUUUUAUGUCUGCUAAGGGUGGAGUAAUGCUUUGUUUGGAUUAUCUGACUUUGUUAAAGUUAGCACAUUCCUGGGAUUUGCAGUAUCUCACUUUUGUAUGGAAAAUAUCGCAGCACAUCUGGUGGAUUGAUAUGUUGAAUUUAUACAGCCUCAACCUAAAGUAGGUUUGCAGAGUAACAACGACGUUGCCUGGAUAGGAAACCGCCUCAAAUUUACGGUUAGUUUAAUAUUAGCUAAUAUAGUGUUGUAUCCCACGGAUAGAACUAGUUUUAGUUUGGGUUCUUUUAAAAUCAUGGCUAAAAUCAUCCAAAACCAAGGGGUCUGAGUUAUUAUCUCCAACUGUUUCCUUUCCUAUAGUAGAAAUGUAUCGUAGCAACUUUGUUGAAAACUACAAGACUGUUCAGAGCGAUAGAAGAUUAUCAGUUUGCCAGGAAAGACCCCCGAUUCUAGCUCAUGUGAAACAACUCAAAAUCAAUAGUUUUUAUCCAUGGGAUGUAAUGUUAUAUUAUAGAUAAUAUACUUCUUUCGUAUGAGAUCACUGAUUGCUGUUUUCACAGCUUGUAUGCUACUGCACUAUAGUAAUGUUGGGAGGAACUCCAAGAGUCAAUCUGGGUUGCCAAGAGUAUAGUGAGUGUAGUGCUCUUGGCGAAUAAGCUAAGAAAGCAGUGACAAAUAUAGCAAUGCCUUUUUGUAAAAUUGCAGGAGGUCACCCACCCAUUGUCUAAAGCCACUUAUACAUGAAAGGUAGCAGGUACAUGGUCCCUAUGUCUAGUGGUCAUCGGGCGAGAGGCCGGGUACACCCUGAACAGAUCGACGGUCUAUCAGAGAGCAACACAGAGACACACAGUCAUCCACACACACACUACCUAUAAGCUGUAUCCACCAAACCUAAGGGCAAUUUUAGAGAGACCAAUUAACCUAACAGUCAUGCUUUUAGACUGUGAGAAGAAGCUGGAGUACCCAGAAAGAAACCAUGGAAAGGGAGAACAUGCGAACUCCAUGCAGACCCCAAGGAUUUGAACCUAGGGCCUUCUUGCUGCAAAGUAACAACUGUCCUGCCAUGCAGCUCAAUUUAAGAGUCAGAACCUAAAUAAAAGACAGGGGGCCUCUCCUGACAUAUUCACAUGGCUGCUUUAUUGUGAUUUUGAUCUGUUUUGUAUGGGUUUAAUUUUUGACUUUCCUUCAGAACUGGUUGGUAACACAGCACAGCUUGUGUCUGUAUCUGGCCUGUCUAUCAUUUAGCCUUUCACCAAUCUGAGGAUUUCUUAACUUUUCUAUAAACUCACUGCAAUACAUUUUUGUUCAAUAAGGAAAUAAACUGUUGCUGGUAAUAACUUAACUUCAAGACACCCAAGCUAUCUCUUUAUGUGAGAAUUGUCAGGAUAUAUUUGACAGCAAUACAACAAUGCAAAAUAGUCAUGUUUGUUCAUAAUUACAGAGUAGUGGAGUGGAUUCCCACUGAAUCUGUAUCAGUAGGUAUAAUUUCUCUUGAUGAAAGUGCCCUCGGAUUUUUCUUUUAAAAGAUGUAAGCGAUGGUUUCAAAAUGUAUGUAAACCUUCACUGUAACUAGAUCAAGAUGGAUUACUGUGGUUUAGGCUUUGAGGUCUUAAUGUGCUAAAGGUGUGAGGUGAUAAUUUAUGUAGACAUUCAGUGAUUACCAUAAUUCUGUCCAGGUUAUUGUAUUAGGCCUCCUGUACAGCACAUAAAAAUGAUAAAUUAGUGUCUGUCUGAUGACAAGCACAAAGAAAGACCUAGAUGACGCCUUCGCACAACAUUCAGGUUUGGUCGUUAAGAGGGAAAACCUCUUAAAUUACAUUUACAUCAAGCUAAUAAGAAAUAAGGAUUUAAUGUUUCUUUAAUGAUUUCAAGCUCUUUCUGCACAUGAAGUUCUUUUGCUUUACCUUUUCAAAUCCAUAGCUCUUAAUCUGAGAAGAAAACCCCUUGCAUAUGCCUUCAAAAAGCCAAUUCAAGCUUUUCAUCAUGUAGCAAUAGAAUUAUUAAUGAUAGGUCCUUAAACAUCAAAGCACAAGAAGAACUGACUACUGGCUGUCUUUUUAUCACUCCCCUUCUGUUGCCUUUACAGAGUUUAUAUUUAAAUGAUGCUGUUGUUGAUGUUGAUAAUGUCAUGAAAUGCAAAACAAGAUUAAAACCCUGGUUCACUCAGAUCUGUUCGAGACAAGACUUUGCCUCUUCAUACCACAAAUAGAGAGACCUAAAUGUCAAAUGCAGCUUGGUGACUCGUCUCUGGGGAGUGCGGGAUGUUUUACACUGAUAGAACGUGCAUUCACGCAUGUUAGUCUCUGUACCUAAUAGACUAUGACUUGAGGUUUGGUCUGUUUCGAUGAAUAAUAAGGAAUCGUUUGUAAUCUGUGUAAAGGUUCAGCUACUAACAUUUAUUUUACUUAAGUAAUUCUCCCACACUCAGGUUCUGAUCCAAUUGUUUGUUUAAUCAUUUGUAUAAUACAUGUCAUUUUAACCUUUAACAGACAAUCAUCAUGGGUGUAAAUAUCUUAAUUUCGUGUUUAGUGAUUCAUUAAAACCAUUCUAUUUUUCA